UUUGUUGAUCCACGUCUGCAGCUUCUUUCGAGUUCUUUUAUGCCUGCCAAUAUGACAACACCUUAUACCGCUGGUGGUGCUCCACAGCUUGCACCUCCCCCCCAACAGCAGGCCGGAGGUCUUUCAUUGCAGCAAUCGUUCCAGCAGCAUAAUCAGUCGAGGGGUAUUGGAUCUGCCCCAAAGAUACCUUGGGCUUUGUCCAAAGCAGAAAAGAAAAAUUACGACCAAAUUUUUAGAGCAUGGGAUGCCCAAGGUACAGGUUUCAUAAGUGGUCAGACGGCUCUAGAAGUAUUCGGACAAAGUGGCCUGGACAAGAACGAUCUGGCGCGUAUCUGGUUGGUGGCAUUGAUCCAUCAUGUUUUAGCACAGUCUUAUAUUGUUACUCUUAAUCAACCCUAGGACUCUUGCCGAUACUGACAAUAGAGGCAAGCUAAAUCUAGCCGAGUUCCAUGUAGCAAUGGG